AUGGUACCGCCCCCAUUCCAUCCUCGUGCUCCCAUUCCCAUCUUCCUCUUCCUCGUCCUGCCUGUUACAUGUGACGCUAACUGGCGCGGCAUUCCGCAGGCGUCCGAGAAGAAGCAGUCCAACCCGAUGCGGGAGAUCAAGGUGCAGAAGCUCGUCCUCAACAUCUCCGUCGGGGAGAGCGGUGACCGUCUCACCCGCGCCGCCAAGGUGCUCGAGCAGCUCAGCGGCCAGACCCCCGUCUUCUCCAAGGCGAGGUACACGGUGCGGUCGUUCGGCAUCCGGCGUAACGAGAAGAUCGCCUGCUACGUCACCGUGAGGGGCGAGAAGGCCAUGCAGCUGCUUGAGAGCGGCCUCAAGGUCAAGGAGUACGAGCUGCUCAGGAGGAACUUCAGCGACACCGGGUGCUUCGGAUUCGGCAUCCAGGAGCACAUCGACCUUGGUAUCAAGUGUUUGUUGUUUAAGGCUGAGCUGCUCCAUGGUGAGUACAAGCUGCAGAAGGACGUUCGGAAGCAGGUGCAGUGGCUCUCCGACGAGCUGGACAGCAUCUACCCUCUCCUCCGCAAGGUCUCGGAUGUGCCAUGGGAUCGGCUCGACCAGCAGGUCAAGGUGUGGGCAUGCAAGGUCAGGGAGGCAUCCUAUGACAUGGAGGAUGUCCUCGACACCUACCUCGUGCGCGCGUCGAUGGUGGGGAGCCUACUGACCCUGAGCAGGCUCAAACGUGCCAUGAAGAAGAUGUAG